UGUUAGAGGAUGAUGAUGUCCGGAAAUGGAGAAGUAUCGGUUCCUCCAGGCUUUCGAUUCCACCCCACCGACGAAGAGCUUCUCUACUACUAUCUGAAGAAGAAGGUUGCCUACGAAGUUAUCGACCUUGAUGUCAUCAAAGAAGUCGAUCUGAACAAGCUUGAACCUUGGGACCUCAAGGAUAAAUGUAGAAUUGGAUCAGGGAUUCAGAAUGAGUGGUAUUUCUUCAGCCAUAAGGACAAAAAAUACCCAACUGGAACCAGAACAAAUCGAGCAACAACCGCUGGCUUUUGGAAAGCUACAGGGAGAGACAAAGCUAUUCAUCUCAGCAAUUCCAAGCGAAUUGGUAUGAGGAAAACCUUAGUCUUCUACACAGGACGAGCUCCUUACGGCCAAAAGACUGACUGGAUCAUGCACGAGUAUCGCCUUGACGACAACAAUGCCGAGGUCCAGCAGGAAGAUGGAUGGGUUGUUUGUAGGGUAUUCAAGAAAAAGAACAAUCAAAGGGGUUUUCAAUCAGAAGUGGCCCAAGAUGAAGAACAACAUUUCAGCCACAUGAAGCCAGGAGGAUCAUCAGUUCCAUUAGAGCCAAAACAAAAUUUUCAGAUGCAAUACGAUUUCUCCUUCAAUAACUCCAUGCAUCUCCCACAGUUGUUGAGUCCAGAUCAGUCAACUCUUAAUGCUCCAUCUUUCUUAUCACCUUUGUCAUUGAACACUAUGGAUAUGGAGUGUUCACAGAGCUUAAUGAAGUUAACAUCCAACGGUGGAGGACUUGUUCAUCAGAAUGAUCAGAGGUUUAAUGGUGAUUGGACUUUCUUGGACAAACUUCUGCAAGCAUCUCACCAAAGUCUGGAUGAACUCUGCCAAAACAAAUGCAACCCUUCUUCUCAAGUUGUUGAUCAUCAUCAUCAUCCUCAUGUGGGUCCUUCGAUUCAGAAAUUCCCAUUUCAAUAUCUUAGUUGCGACAGUACAGACAUUUCAAAAUUUUCAAAGUGAUCAGAUUAUUGGAUCUCUUCAUGUUUGGGUACUUAAUUGAUUUUCUGAAUCAAAUUAGUUUAAUGGGUUUUGCAAGCUGUGAAAUUGUAU